CUCAAUUAGUUAAAGCACGACACGUAUUCCCAAAGGCAUGCUAGUAUUUUGCCAGUCCAUGCAGACGCAUUCAAAACACUUUACUGUCACUUACAGUUAACUCAACAUAACACCAGAGGAUAUUCCAUUUUGGGUAUUAGCAACCAGCUGUUCGAGACAAUAAACGACUUGGAUCGCAUGGUCUUCGCAGAUGAGUCUCUAGAAGCAAAUGCAAUGUGUACAAAGAAUAAAAUGAAGAAAAAAAGAUGAAUAUGGGAAGCUUAUCUGUGGUUACCACAGAGUCUUUAAGUCCUAAUCACACAGUUGAGUUUAGAAAUAUGCGGGAUACUGAUACAAUCAUUGUGAGAAACUGCAAAACAAGUGGCCUAGGUAUAAAGAUUGUAGGUGGUAAAAGUACAGUUGGAGGUGGAGAUUAUGGAAUUUUUGUGAAGAAAAUUUUAGCUGGAGGUAGAGCAGAAGCAGAAGGUCACUUAAGGGAAGGAGAUCAACUAUUAGAAGUUAAUGGAGAGUCUAUGUUAGGAAUUUCUAAUGACAAGGCAAUAUCCUUACUCAGAAAUGCUGCAGAGACCAAUAAUGUUAAGUUGUUAAUCAGCAGAGAUGGUGAAGCAAGGGAAGACUUUACAGCGUUAAUGGCAGCUUUGAAUGGCAAUGGCUUUGGUAUGCUUAAUGGUCCAGGAGCUUUUGAUCUUAUUAGAAGUGGUAGUAGGGGGAGUUCAAGGGCUUCAACACCUUCACCAACAAUGGGAAAAAGAUCUUGGGUCAUGAGUGCAGGAAGAAUGUCACCAUUGGCAUUAGGAAGACAUGGAAGCCCAAACUGGUCUCCAUCAAACUCUCUUGACAGACCACCACCGAGCUUACAAAGAAUGCAAGCUGUAGACUUAUCAUCUACUGCAGAACUACGAAAUCCUGCUCCAGUAGAUCCACCACCAUACCAAAGAAGUAGGGACAUGUUUCAACUAAAUCUUGGGACAGUGCCUAGCACUAGCUCUUGGAAUGGUGCUUCUAAUAUUCCGUUUUCACAUCAAAUGAAUGGAGACAAUUCCCAUGCAAAUAAAUUCUCCCCAAAACAUGCAGGAACAGAAUUGCAGAGUGACUCGGAGGUGACUAUUGACUCUGGUCUACCAACUGAUCGACACUCAAGUACUCCUUCACCUAACUUUGAUAGUCCUGGUGAGCUACAAGUAAUAAGAAUCCCUAUAACUACAGGACUAGGGUUGUGCAUUGUUGGUGGUACAAAUAGAUCUGAAGGACCUCAUAUUUAUGUUGACAACUUGAUUGAUGGUGGAGAUGCUCAAAAGGAUAACAGAUUGCAGCAAGGAGACCAACUUGUAACAGUCAAUGGGGAGACAUAUGUAGGAGUUACUCAUGAACAGGCAAAAUCUUUGCUAACUCGUUUAAAACUCAGGAAAGACAUAACUGAAAUAGAGAUUGCUUUUAUCCGAGGAGGACACAGCACGCUUGGCCAAUACAGUCCACCAAAUCAUUUAGUGAAUGGAAGUAGCCCUGGAUCAAGUCAUUAUGCUGAGGGUAACAACCAACUAGAAUCACCACCUUUGUCAAGCCGUUCAUCACCAGAUAAUGGUGCAGAUUUAAGUAAUACAGAUUCUGAGUUGAAUGAAAUGUUGCAGACAUCAGGAAGUUCUGGUGAAAUGCACCCAUCUGGAGUUCCAAGAUCAUCUCCCUUURUCGCUAAUGGAAUGCCUGUUUACUCUAGUAACCAAACACCCAUAACUACCCAACUGUCUAUGCCUCCUCAGUCCCUGAGUCAUGUUCAGAGUGGACUUCACCAACAGCACUUUGCGCAUAGUACCGCAAGCCUUCCCCCUCACGUUAACAAUGGCUUUUAUCCAACAUUGUCUUCAACUCCUACUUCACAUAUGAAUGGAUUACCGAAUGGGCAUCCACUUUCAAUGGCUUACUCUACUCAAGGCCAAAUAAAUGGAUUUGUUCCAGGCAUGCAUCCAACAUCAUCUCAUGGCCAGCAUCAAUUAGGUAAUGGAUCAAUCCAAAUAAGUCCCAUAGCACCCACGCUACAGCCAUCCUCAGUGCCAUUUUACUUACAACAAGAUUUAGAAGCACUCAGACGUGUGUCUGAGCAAUAUCCACCUCCAGCCGUCAGUCAACAAACUUCUCCAUGCAAUGGUAUUCAACGAAGUUCACCAGAAUCAGCAGCACAGUCGCUUUCCCAACGACAAAGAAGAAACAGAAUUGACAGAAGUACUAGGAAACUAUCACUCGAUCCAUAUACGAAACUAAAAGUGGAAAAACUAGAAGUAGCGUUAAGAUAUUUAGGAUUUGAACCGACAGAAGAACAGCAGAGAAUUCUGCGAUCCAGGCUACCAAUCGACCAUAAUGGUUGUACGACGUAUGGAGAUUUCGUAAAUACUGCAAGACAAGUUUUCGCUGUCAAGUUAAAUGAAUCCCAUUUAAAUACUUCCGCUUUUCAGUUUGCCAUCCAGGACAUCAAUGCCAUGGAAAGAAAGAUUCAGUUAGAGUCUCAACAGUCUCAAGAGUCUCAACAGUCRUCCUCAGAAGCAGAAGCAGCAGCAAAGAAGGCAUCAGAAGAUGUCGAGAGACUUCGUCGAGAAAGAGAUGAGGCGCUUAGAGAGGUGCAACAUCUCAGAAAAGCGUUGAAAAGAAAGGAACAAGAGUGCCAGGAAUCUUCAGAAGAAGUUAUGAAAACUCGACGGGAAACCCAAGCGUUACUUGAUGAAAGUCAUUCACUGCAGAAUAGGAUUCAUUUGGCUUCACAGGCGCAAGAAGCAUCAAAAAGUGUGGAGCAAGAUUACGAAGAGAUUAUUAAGCUUCUUGAACAUGAAGUCGAUGACUUAAAACUGAAAAACUCCCAGAAAACGCCUGAUCCUAAAGAAUUGGAAGAACUUCAAAAACGACUUGUAGUUCUGGGCUGUCAACUUCGGAAGGCUGAAGUUAGUAAACGAACAUACGAAGUGUCUAUGGAAAAAUUAAUUCGCUUUGCAGAGCUCGUUCACGAUGUCCUUUCGCAAAACAGCCCUGGGAUGCAUCAGCAAAGGGGAAGAGGGGAGCCUGCAAGAAAGGAUGCAUCAGGCAGUGCUCGCCCACCAUCAUAUCUUGCUCGGCAUGCCAAGCAUAACCCAAAUACCCUUGCAAAAGAAGCAAGAGAUGUUGUUAAGUCAGUAAAAGCACUCAUUGAAGAAGAACCACUUCCAUUUGGUUGGGAAGAAGCAUAUACUCCUGAUGGUGUCAGAUAUUAUAUCAAUCAUGUGACUCAACAAACAUCCUGGCUCCAUCCUGUAACACAUGUCCAACAUCUUCCACCAAUAAUGGAGAAUAAAGAUGAAGGUGUUAAAGAAACCAGAACAUAGCAAGGAACAGGACUUUUUGACUAGAUGCAUAUUUUAUUCUAUUUACAUUUUAAAACCUGAAGACAAAAGCUUUUUUACUGUACAGUCAACAAGGCUAACAUAAUAUUACAUAAGAACUGUAAGUUCCCAGUAAUAGAGUGAAGGCGUUUAAACCGUGAAAUAAAAAUUAUUAGUCAACGUGUAAUAGUCAAAUAGAAACAAAAGAAAACAAUGGAAUUCUGGUCUACUAAAGUGCAUUAGUCUAAUAUCUAUUUCAUAUUGGGUUUAAUGACUUCACUCUAACCCCUCCUCCUCAUCCUCCUAGGACCCACGUUUGGUAUCUUAAAUUCAUUUAAUUGACAAAAAAAAAAACAUUAUUCUUGACUGGAAACACAGGAAAAUAUAUAAACCCAUCGAUAAACCUUACAAAUGAGUAUAAGCUCAUGGCUUAUAACUCGGAUUUUAUAGUAUAUCCCUAAUUUUUAUUGUCAAUGUUUUCAAUUGUCAAUUUUUAUCAAUGAUUGUGUUUUUAUAUUUCUGAUAGUUUUAUUUUCUUUAUACGAAGGAUGUUCAGCUUCUCCAAGGAUUUUUAACAUGGCAAAAUUACAUCUGGUUUGACAUAACUUUGGCCACUCAGAUUUUGAAGUUUAUUUGCAAUUUAGUUGGUAGGAACUCAUGACUAGAAUUCAAAUAUUUACUGGAAUUGCAUCUUUAAAUCAAAUACUUUUCAAAAUUUGUAUUCCAGACAAGGUACAGAAUUCAAUUCUCAAAAUUCGUUCCAAAAUGUGAACUUGCAAACUAACUUCACAAAUGGAGUGGCUGAAAUUUCAUGAAAUCAACUGUAAUUGGUAGAGAAAAUCAAGAACUUCUAAGCUUAAAAGGGUUUCAAAUUUCCAAAGUCCAGAGUGGAUAUACCUUGUUUGAAAGUAAUCAUUAAUGGUUCAAUCAUUGUAAGGGRUUCAAAUUUUUCACCAGCUUAUUUCAUGCUAGAUCAAACCUCUAUUCAUUAUGUAAUGAAACCUAUAACAUAGUUUAAGUAUAAUGCAUGCUGUGAUCGRUUAAUUUAUUAGCAUGUGUCAGUGUAUAUACAAAACUCUAUUUACUGCAUGCUAACAUACUUUAGAAACCUCCCUAAUGUGCUAAAGAUUUUAUUGAGAAAUUGAAAGUAUAAUUUUUUAAAUUAACAGGAUUUUUUUUUCAGUUUUCUCAUUUCAUAUUGCAGGGUCAUAGCCACCAGUAUGGUUGGUCUUGUUUUAACUGGACCACUUAAUUUUUACCAUUAGAACCAUGACUGGUCAACUUUUUUUUAAACUGAGUGACUGUCAAAAUGGUGGCUAUGGCUCUGUAUUGUUUAUAUGUAAAUAUUUUUUCAAUAAAUGAGAAAUUUAUGUCAGAUUCUACCCUUAACAUGGAUUAAUUUUCUCUGCAACUUUGCAAAAGUGUUUACACAGUGCAUCGGAGGUGCAGUUUUUGCCAAAAGUAAAAACAAAUUUUACUUUUUGCAUCAAUUGCUGCAGCUCGGCAUUUUUUUUUCAAAUUGGGCUGUAGGCUACAUGCUGCAAUGCUCAAUGCAACUUAUAUCGCAACGCUAUUGGAAGACAAGUUGCAAAACCCAAGUUGCAGAGAAAAUUGCUCCUUGUAGCAAGCCUUUAUACUUUUCAAAAUUACCUCUUGGACAGGAUGCAAACAGGAUAUAAAAAAGAAAUCCCUUUUCCUCAGUGGAAUUUCUUUUUUUAGUUUCCCUUAAGAUAACAGUCUAUAUUUAACAAAGUAACGAACUCCAAUUAACAGUGAUUGUAUCUACUUGGCCAAUCAAGUUUUAUUAAAUUUUCCCCAAGUAAAAUUUAUAUGUCAUAAGAAUUUUCAAAUAAAAAUAUACUUUCCUGUGAAAUGAAAAUUUUUACCACAUUGGUAAAAAUCCUAUUUACAUUUCUUUUUUCAAUGUUUUGAUAUUUUUUUAUUGAUUGGUUGAUUUGUUAUUAUUGCUGUGAAAACUUAGUGCCAAUAGUAUGGCCGGACCAAAUGUUGGAUUAAAUUGCAAAAUAAAGAUAUACAUUUUACACUU